GGUCCGAAGGUAUACAUCUUCUUCUCUCUCUUGCUUUUCUAUUUAAUUUCUCUUGAUUUCUAUUUCAACUUUCCGUCACCGAGGGCAUGCUUUAGUGUAACUUGUGUAAGAAUUCGUUUUCCUUUAAUCCUGCUUUGAUUGAGAGAGUUUGGGUGUUGGAAUGGUGAAGGAGCGUCGUAUUCAUGGUUUGAGGGCGCCGUGAAUGAUCAAGUGGCGUUAUGGAGUACUGGUGUUGGCUUUGUCCACUUGCUGCAAUGGCUUUGUUUCUUUGAAUCAAAACCCGAGGCGUAUGCAACUCUUUUCGCUGUACUAUUGGCUGUGAAUUGGUUGUUAAGCAUUGAUCAAGUUGGGAAAAAUGACCACAAAGUUCGAAAAGGUAUUGGAUAGUGGCAGAAGUGUCAUUGUUGAUCUGAAGAGAAAGCGGUCAGAACGAUGCACCAUCCCUUCAAAGGGAGCUAGUCACGUGCCGUUCACUCUGCAAUGCCCUCCGAGAUCAUCGAUCAAGAAGAUUGACAAGCGGAGGAAACUAGAUGGAUCAAUAAACAAGUAUAGCAGCUAUACCUUUCCAUCUGGGAAGCGUCUGCUUAAAUAUUAUUCCAACUUUAAGAAAAGUGGGAAUUUGCAACGCUUGAUGUAUCAUGACAAUGAUGACUGGAACGAUUUUUCCUUGGACAUCAUUGCACAUGUCAACAAAGAUCUUCGUGUUGACAAACCUGCAAUUGAAGUGGAGUUUAAUGGAACCAAGAUUCUGCUAGAUUUCUUGCAUAUGAUGCAGUUGGACCUGAACACUGGCAUGCAUCGGCCCAUUGCUUGGAUUGACAUCUCUGGGAACUGUUUUUUCCCUGAAAUAUUUAGUGAUUAUGAUGAAACAGAUAGUUAUGCCAAUGAAUUUGCUGAAGGUGAAGGCGAUAAGGAUAUGGGAAAUGGGCCAUUUGGUUCCAAUGGUAUAAACUUGCAUUUGGAGAUUGCUAUACAUGGACUAGAUAAUGAGUCUAGUGGGGAAUCCAAUGUGAUUGUCGAGCAGGUACAUGCUCAUGACAGUGCAGCUCCUAGAAAAUGUGAUGAUGAAACUAAUGAUAGUUGCGCUAAGGCAUCAUAUGAGGAAGGUAAUGUGAAAUGUGAGGACAGUCAGCAAAUUGAUGGAAACAUGAUUCAAGUGGUUGGUCCUGUACCUUGGUCAUUGGAAAGUGACAUUGUAAAGGAGCUGUUCGUAAAAAGUAUUAGCUCGGCUGCUGCAGAGAUUGUUAAGAUACACCAUUGUGGGGGCAUUCUAAUGAAAAGUCGUUUGGAACUAUUCGAGAAACAGGUGGAAAUAACAAAAAAAUACCGUGGAGAUGCAAAUGUCCAGUAUGCGUGGCUUCCUUGUUUGAAAGAAUCUGUUUCAACUAUACUACAGUAUGGGUUAGGGCAUUACAAGCCCUUGAAGAUGAAGCCCUUUAAUGGUAUGGGGAUACAUCUGAUCCCUGCUAAUGGUAUUCCGAUCAGUACCGAUUGUUUUGAUGUUGACGAAAAUGAUAUACGGCAUAUGGUAUUCUGCCGUGUUAUAAUGGGGAAUAUGGAGCUUGUUAGCGGUGGAUCAAGUCAGUUCCAUCCCAGUAGCGAGGAAUUUGAUAGCGGUGUUGAUAAACUUCCGAAUCCAAAUCGCUAUGUUGUAUGGAACAUGAAUAUGACUUCUCAUGUCUACCCUGAAUGUGCAAUUAGUUUCAAGAUGACUUCUGAUGUUAAAGAACCUGUUUUUGGGAAAGAGAGCAUGGUUGAUCUUCCUGCCUUCAAUAAUUGUGAUGAAAGACCUCAAGACCAGAUUGCAGGAAAAACAUUCCAAGUUAGGACCCCUAAGAGCCCUUGGAUGCCAUUUCCUAUGCUGUUUGCUGCCAUUUCAAGCAAAGUCCCUUCUCAGCACAUGGACCUUGUGAAGACCAACUAUGCGUUGUUCAGACAUAAAAAGAUAAGCCGGGAUACAUUUGUGAAGAAAUUGAGGACGAUUGUUGGUGAUAAUUUACUGAAGUCAGCAAUAACAAGUCUUCAGUGCAAGGGCUCGUCAAACUCCAACGUUGAAACGGUGUGCAGCUAAUCAUGAGUGACCUAUAGUUGAAUUAUCGUACAAAUAUAUGUGCAUGUAAUGUCAAUAAGUAUCAGUUUGCACUUCACAACAUUUCGUGUAGUUUUAUGCUUUCUGAAAAGCUCUAGAAGUGUUAGUUUGCUGUAUGGUUGUCACCAAUUACGCUUCAUUGAAUUGGUUGGAAAAUAACGAUGUUUUGUGUUUUGACAA